GGGUCGGUUCCAGCUCCAUGCCGCUCUGGGACUUCCAGGGCAGCACCAUGCCCACGAGCCAGUACGUGCGUCUGACCCCAGACGAGCGCAGCAAAGAGGGCUCCAUCUGGAACCACCAGCCUUGCUUCCUCAAGGACUGGGAGAUGCACGUCCACUUCAGAGUCCACGGCACAGGGAAGAAGAACCUCCAUGGAGACGGCAUCGCCUUGUGGUACACCCGGGACCGCCUGGUGCCAGGGCCCGUGUUUGGAAGCAAAGACAACUUCCAUGGCUUAGCUGUCUUCCUGGACACGUACCCCAAUGACGAGACCACGGAGCGAGUGUUCCCGUACAUCUCGGUGAUGGUGAACAACGGCUCCCUGUCCUACGAUCACAGCAAGGACGGGCGCGGGACUGAGCUCGCGGGCUGCACGGCCGACUUCCGCAACCGGGGCCACGACACCUUCCUGGCCGUGCGCUACUCCCGGGGCCGUCUGACGGUGAUGACGGACCUGGAGGACAAGAACGAGUGGAAGAACUGCAUCGACGUCACGGGGGUGCGCCUGCCCACCGGCUACUACUUUGGAGCCUCGGCCGGCACGGGGGACCUGUCUGACAAUCAUGACCUCAUCUCCAUGAAGCUGUUCCAGCUGGUGGUGGAGCACUCCCCCGAUGAGGACAGCAUCGACUGGACCAAGAUCGAGCCCAGCGUCAGCUUCCUCAAGUCCCCCAAAGACAACGUGGACGACCCCACGGGGAACUUCCGCGGCGGCCCCCUGACUGGGUGGCGGGUGUUCCUGCUGCUGCUGUGUGCACUGCUGGGCAUCGUCGUCUGUGCCGUGGUGGGUGCCGUGGUGUUCCAGAAGCGGCAGGAGCGGAACAAGCGUUUCUACUGAGUGGGUUCGGGGCCGCGGAGGGCUCAGGCCCGGCCCGACACCGAUGUGAACUUUUUUUACUGGGAUUGUAAAAAGAAAACAAGACGACUGUAUUUCUUAACCGUUUCAAAGAAAUGAUUAAAGUAUUUUCGUACAUUUU